UUAGUGGUUUAUGAAUAUGUUAUUCAUAGACUGUUUAACAUUUUGGUAAACUGUUAAUAACAUGGCAAAAACUGUAUUGUUCACUGGUCUGUUAAAAAACAGCUGUUUGUAAACAACAGAAGAUUGGACAACGGCUUUGUUGUCAUGUUUCUGUUCAUAAGCCGUCCCAUGGGGACGCUGGACAAUCGCAUGCGAGCUGUGCGCGAUCGUUUGGGCGAGGAUUUCAACAGCAAACUUGACGAAUUACAUCUGAAUGCCUUGAGGACUGGUCUCGUGUCGACAGCGGACUUGCAGGAGGCUUAUCGCAAGGCACGCGAAAUCAACAACAAUCAGAAUCGUCUCAACCUGUUGUGGCUGUUGGGCAUCAUAUUUUUCAUCCUGGUUGCGACACCUGUCUUCUAUGAAACCAUUUCGUUCCUGCUAGGCGUACGCUGCUUCCUGCCUAACAAUCAUCUAGUCUGGGAAGCCACACGGCCCAUAAGCGAUUGUGAGUUUUGCAAGGGUGUAUCUGCCCCUCUGAUAUUGCCUAAUCUGACGCGCGAAGAAUUCGCACGCUAUGCCUACUCGUCGCGUCCCAUAAUCGUGAAGAAAGCGGUCGCGAAUUGGCCAGCACAGCAACAGCUAAACUACAGUUACAUCAAGCAACUGUAUGAGAGUGUGCCCGGUUCGCUGGAUGACGUCUGCCAGUUCCAGCAUUUCAAUUCCGAUCUGAAGUCAUUGCGACAGGUAUUUAAAAUGUCUCCAAGUCGCGCCAAUCUCAGUGAGGGUGCUCCCUGGUUUGUUGGCUGGAGUGUUUGUCAUGCCACGGUGCUGGCUGAGCUGCGCAAACUGUACCCGCGUCCUCACUUUCUGCCCGUCGAUGCUGAGAUGCCCAGCACGGACUUUAUACUGAUGGGCUACGAGCAGGGCGCCGUUAUGCAUUUGGACUAUAUACCGCGUCUCAUGUGGCAGGCGCAGCUGCAGGGCAACAAGAGCUGGUUCCUUACACCAGCGCCCGAGUGUGAUCAUCAAUGUCAGUCGUUCUUCUUUUAUGUGGAGCCUGGUGAUGCAGUCUUGGUGGAUACACGCAUCUGGUAUCAUGCAAACACCAUACCCAGAGGACAAUUCUCAUUUACCGUGCAAUCGGAAUACGGCUAA